AUGACCAACAACGACAACGUUUUGGAGCCGCCCAUCAAUUUCUCGAUGGUGGAUGAGGGCGUAUUCCGAUCAGGCUUCCCGCAGCUGUCAAACUUCCCAUUCCUCCAAUCCCUUCAACUCCGUUCCAUUAUCUAUCUCUGCCCUGAGCCCUACCCGGAGGAGAGUUUGGAGUUUCUUCCGUCGCAAGGCAUUCGGCUCUUCCAGUUCGGAAUCGAGGGCAAGAAGGAGCGGUCUACGUCUCCGCUGAUUCCAGCAGAGACUAUCUCCGAGGCACUGAAAGUUUUGGUUGAAAUUGAGAAUCAUCCGGUGUUGAUCCACUGCAAAUGCGGCAAGCAUCGGACUGGUUGUCUGGUGGGUUGCCUGAGGAAAUUUCAGAAUUGGUGUUUGUCUUCGGCGUUAGAGGAGUACCAGCGGUUUGCCGGCGAAAAAUCUAGGGGGACGGAUUUGAGAUUUAUCGAGACGUUUGACGUUAGUUCGUACUCUAACCUAGUGCAAAAAGUUAGAAUUGUAAAAAUUUAG